GGCAGGUUCAGGCAGGCAGAAGUUCAAGAGCUGGGCGAGGUGGCCGAAGCUUCCUUCUCUUCCGACCGCGCUCCGGGUCCCCUCGCCCUGCCCGCAGCGAUGCCGGAGGAGGGCUGGGGCUGCACCGUGCGCCGCUCGCCGUGGAAGACCGUCUCGCCCUACGUCUUCUCGGUCAUCCUCUUCGCUCUUUUGGCGGCCUUCUGCUUCCAGCGCCACGCGCAGCAGCCGCCGCGGCUCGAGCGACUUGGGGAGGACGUAGCCGAGCUCCAGCUGAACCUCACAGGUCCCCGGCUGGACCCCAGGCUGCGCUGGCAGGCGGGCCCAGCCUUGGGCCGCUCCUUCCAGCAUGGACCACAGUUGGUCAACGGGCAGCUGCUGGUGGUUCGUGAUGGCAUCUACAGGCUGCACAUCCAGGUGACACUAGCCAACUGCUCCUCUGUGUGGACCACGGUGCCUCCCAAGGCCACUCUGAUUGUGGGCAUCUGCUCCCCAGACACCCACAGGAUCAGCCUGCUGCGCCUGAGCUUCCACCAGGGCUGCACUGUCACCUCCCAGCGCCUGACAGCCCUGGCCUUUGGGGACACCCUCUGCACCAACCUCACCCUGUCUCUGCUGCCCUCCCAAAAUGCUGAUGAGACCUUCUUUGGCAUUCAAUGGGUGCAUACCUGAUCAAGGUUCCUGAUUGGUUUAUUUGAUCAUUUUUU